UGGUUUGGGUUACAGCGCAACUCAAUGCCACAGUGCUGUCGCGCGCGCACAGUCGCACGGGCACAUCUUCAGGGCUGGAGUUUUAUGCUGCUGCCUUGCGAGUCAUUUUCUGAUUGUUUGUUAAUUGUCUUAAUCCAAGAAGCGAUUCAAUAUCGGUUAGUGACAGUUUUGGACCAGAUUACGGAUUUUUCUCUCUCUCUUUUAUGCUGUGGAUAUAGCCUACAUUGUGACCAACGAUGUUUCAAUGGACCUGAAUGAGGAAGGAUUAUCCUUUUCAUCGUCAAAACAAUAAACCGCGUGUUAGAGCGAACUUACCACGGAUAAAAGCGCAAUGUUUAUCGCCGCGAUUUACAUCAUUUUACCUCUGCUGGAUGUGCUGUUAUCUGCCGAGGAGUCUUACUUUUCUAGCUCAAACCGGCUGGACUGUGUGAAGGCGAACGAGCUGUGCUUGAAGGAGCCGGGAUGCAGCACAAAGUAUCGAACUAUGAGGCAGUGCGUGGCGGGGAGGGAGUCCAACUUCAGUAUGGUGACUGGAAUGGAGGCAAAGGAUGAAUGUCGACUUGCCUUGGAUGCUUUAAAGCAGAGUCCUUUGUAUAACUGCCGCUGCAAAAGAGGGAUGAAGAAGGAAAAGAACUGCCUGCGCAUCUACUGGGGGAUCUAUCAGCAUUUACAGGGGAAUGAUUUACUUGAGGAUUCUCCGUAUGAGCCUGUGAACAGUCGGCUUUCAGAUAUAUUUCGACUGGCUCCCAUCUAUUCAGAAGGAGGGACUAGCAGUGGUCCCUGGAGCACUGCCAUCACCAUGGCCCCAGGGAAAGGGUCCCAGGGCCGGUCAAGACCACAUGAGCCUCAAGACCCCAGUAGAAACAGAAGGGCACACCCAAACUGGGCUGUUCUGGGUGAGCCAGCGCUUGCAAAGGAGAACAACUGUCUGAACGCAGCGAAGGCCUGCAACCUAAAUGACACCUGUAAGAAAUACCGUUCGGCGUACAUCAGCCCAUGCACAAGCCGAGUCUCAACAGCUGAAGUCUGCAACAAACGGAAGUGCCACAAAGCCCUGCGGCAGUUCUUUGACAAGGUGCCACCCAAACACAGCUACGGCAUGCUGUACUGCUCCUGUCCUCUAGGGGAUCAGUCAGCCUGUUCUGAGCGCAGGCGCCAAACCAUCGUGCCAGCUUGUUCAUAUGAGGACAAGGAGAGACCCAACUGCUUGACACUGCAAGCUUCCUGCAAGACCAACUACAUCUGCAGGUCUCGUCUGGCGGAUUUCUUCACUAACUGUCAGCCUGAGCCCCUCUCUCUGUCAGGUUGUCUGAAGGAGAAUUAUGCUGACUGCCUGCUGUCAUACUCGGGGCUCAUCGGUACUGUGAUGACUCCAAAUUACCUGCGUUCACCCAAAAUCAGCGUGUCUCCAUUCUGUGACUGCAGCAGCAGCGGCAACAGCAAAGAGGAAUGCGACAGAUUCACUGAGUUCUUCACUGACAACGCCUGCCUGCGUAACGCAAUCCAGGCGUUUGGAAAUGGGACAGAUGUGAGCGUGUGGCAUCCGAUGCCUCCAGUACAAACCACCACCUCUAUGACAACACCAUCCCAGAGGGCCAAAGAUAAAGACAGAUCACCCAACGCCAUAGAGCCAGCCACACACAUCAACCAUCUCAACCCGGCUGAUAACUCCCUCUACCAGUUCUGUGGUAACAUACAGGCUCAGAAGAAGAAGACAAACAACACAAUAGAUGUGUUAUGUGUGGAUCCCCAGAUCGAUGACCCCAGCUCCUCCAAUGCCAUCUCCAAAAACUCAUCCCCUCGGCAGAUGACUCUAUCAGGCCUUAGCUCUCUGCUGCUCCUACUGGCUACCUCCUUACAUUGCAUCUUCACCGUAGUGAUGUUGUAGCCACCUAAGAACAUAAAACAUGGACAGACACAAUUUGUACAAAGUCAAUCGCUGUUCCUGGUCAAUCUGUUGUACUCUCUCUACUUCUCUCUGUUAGUCCUUCCCUUCCUUACUCUCAAUGUUCUGUUUUUUUUAAAGAGAUUUCCUUGAUGUUGUUGAUGCAACGAAGCGAAGUGUUCUUGUGUACUCGAGUGUCUGUCUCUUCCGUCCUGAUUUUGCUUCGGAAGAUGACACGUGAAUAAAACGCGAGAGAGCCUUGGCAUUCCCAUGUGAUAUUGUGCCGUCUACACAACCGCUGGUAUUUUGAGGGCCUGAAACCAUAAGGACUCCUGUCACAGCAGUAGAGAUUAUUCUUAUCUGUGCGUAUUUGUACUCGACAAUACAGUGUGUUGUCAUCGGUACACAAAAUCACAGCAAAAGUGAGCCUAAGACAUUGUAGAACGAGAUAUAAUUUCAACAGACUGUCUUUUGUGAUCUUUUUUGCUUUGUUUUGGUUCAUGUUUUGGUGAAAAAUGGAUUCUCACUGAUUGUGCUUCUC